AUGGGUAACGAUGGUGGGUCAAUCAGUAAAGUGCAAAACUUGAAGUUGUCGUUGGAUCCUGAGGUGAAAAGAAGUAAGAUAGAGACGAAUGAGUUUAACAGCGUUUCGCGAUGGAAAGUUUGCAGAGUGACCAAUACGCCUUUACGGUUGCCUAUUGUAAGUGAUUAUAAAGGCUACCUGUACAACAAAGAGUCUAUCUUGGAGUGGAUGCUUGCCUCUCCCAGCAAAGGCUGCUAUUCUACAUCACAAAUAAAACAACUGAGCCAUAUAAAAAGAAUACAUGAUGUAGUGGAGUUGGCCAAUUUGGAUGAGGUGAAAACCGCAAGUGGGAUAUUUCUACGGUGCAACUUUGGAGAUGAUAUAUUAGGUGACGAUAUGAAGUCCACCUUUGUCUAUGUGGUACCAUGUGGUGAUGUGCUGCCCCGCAUAACGACAGAACUGAGUAGCUCAAACGAUAAAUCUAUGAAAUGCCCUCAGUGUAUGACGCCUUGUUCCAAGGAAAACAUUAUACCUAUAAACCCACAGGCUACUCAGGAUAUUCAACGGCUAAAAGAUCGUUACCAGCGACUGUCAAGGGACAAUCUGUACCACGAUGGCACAGCCAAAAAGAGGAAGAAAAUGAAGAGGAGACGUGGAGCAAAUGAAGCGACUUUAAGCUCCAAAAAAACCAAGAUCUAA